AUGGCGCUCCAGACCGCGUUUCAUGCUGCUCUACCGAGAAGUCAUCGAUCGCAACUUCAAGUGCUGAAACUAGAUUUCGGCUUCAAUGUAUCCACACUUUCACAAGAAGAAAUCCAGCAAAUUCUCUCGCAGUACGCCCCAUAUCUCAACGAUACACGACGGCUUCAGCACCUUGUGCUUGAUCUUCGCUACAGCACGUUGCUCGCAUCGGAAUUGGAAACGCUGUACUCGAUCAUCUCUAAGGAACUUCCUGACACUCACCGGAUCUCUGUCUAUACUUCCGAGUCGCUGUCAAUGGCGGCUCAUGUCGCAAAGCAAAAACACACAAGAAGAGUGUCCUGUUCAUAG